AUGGGCGCGGGAAACUCCAAACCCGACGGCACGGCCCAGCACGUCUUCAAUCCUGAGGCCCCCGUCCGCUUCUCGUCGGAAUUGAUCGACUCGCUUCAGAACAGCCCUCAGUCCGACACGACCCGCGCCAAGGCUCUGGAGCUGCAGGUGCAGACGCGCGUCGAGCGCGAGCUGUCGCAGCUGCGGGCCAAGGAGGAGCAGCGCCUGCGCGAGCUGCAGGACGCCAUCGCCUCGGCCGCCGACGCCUCGCCCGACGCCGCGUCUCACGAGCCCUCGCUGGCCGAGAAGCUGGCCGACAGCCUGAGCUCGGCCGACGCCGUGGCCGAGCGCCAGCGCCGCCGCGACAUCAGCCGCACCGCCGUCGAGCGCGAGAUCGAGGCCCUCCGCAAGAAGCUCGACGAGCGCAAGCGCCUCGAGCAGCCCGACAAGGGCGUCGAGGACGCAAAGCUCAAGGUCGUCGAGUGCCUGCGCGUCAACGACCGGAGGCCGCUGGAUUGCUGGAGGGAGGUCGAGGCGUUCAAGAAGGAGGUCGGCAGGCUGGAGAAGGAGUUUGUCGAGAGGACGGUGCGGUAA